CUGCCCGUAGUGUAUAAUGCAGGUGAUGGGACUGACCAGAUCAUCCGGAGUUGCUCAUCUGAACGGUACAUCUCUUCGGACCGGCGAUGGCCGAAAGGUCCAACUCGAGAGGUCACGGGCAUAUCCAGGUUAUGCAUAGCAUGGUAUACAGUCCUCAACGAUCAACGACGAUAGGGCCACUGAUACUGCUCCUGACUCUUGAGAUACACCACCGCUAUGUCGGACAAGCUUCCUACCUCACAAUUGGCACCGGAGGAGACCUCCUCCUCGACGAGCUACAAGUCAAGACUGAUCGCCCGGUUUGUUCUCGAACACAACCCGCACCUGCUCGAUGGAUCUCAACGGAAUGUACAGCGGAAAUCAGGGAAGCUACAGCCACCAGUCAUGCUGUCUAUGCAAGGUCCCCAAGGAGCCGGCAAGAGCACCUUAGCGGCUAGCCUACAGGCUUUGUUACAAGAUCAGCCUUACGGUCUUAAUGUCGCCGUCGUCUCUCUCGACGAUUUCUAUCUGACCCACCAAGGCCUGGUCGACCUAGCCGACGAACACCCGGAGAACAAGCUCUUACAUGGACGAGGUCAACCGGGGACACAUGAUGUGCCUCUGUUGAAAAAUACAUUACGAGCGAUCUCUCACAUAAAUGACAGCGACAACGAUCUGUCGACGACAACAACGACAUCGUCACGGACGGUGAAUCUUCCCGUGUUCGACAAGAGCCUCUUCAAUGGCCAAGGGGACCGAGCCCCGCUAUCCAUCCAGAUCGAAGGUCCGUUGGAUAUCUUCAUCCUAGAAGGCUGGAGCCUCGGAUUCCGACCUCUUCCCCCUGCCACCCUAGAAUCAUACCACGCUCAGCCCUCACCCAUCCCUCCUCCAUCCCGCCCACCGCCGUACAAGAUGCACGACCAUCCCCUAGCCGCCAUCAUCCAGAUAAAUGCCAACCUCCGAACCAUCUCUCAGGAAGUCUACCCGUUUUUCCCGUUACACGUCGUCAUCCGUCCGAGGUCUUACGACUACGUCUACGCGUGGCGGUUGGAACAAGAAAGACAGAUGAAGGCGUUGAAUGGGGGAAGGGGGAUGGAGGAUGAGGAGGUGAGGAGGUUUGUGGAUCGGUACAUGCCGGCGUAUGAGGUCUGGGGGAACGAGGCGUUGAGGGCGGGUUUGGAAGCUGAGGAAGGAGAAGAGGCGGGAGGGAGAGAGGUUUUGGAGUUGGUCUUUGAUGAGGAGAGGAGGGUCGUCCAAAGUUGAUCCUGGCCCUGUUCCUCGUCUUGCUGGUUGUA